AUGUACCCGUCUGCUGCACAUCAACAUCGUCAUGCGGGUGGCUGGCUUACUCGACUCAACUCGACAAUAAGCCCUAGGGUAGGCAUACUCGAAGAAGCCCGGCGUUUGAGACUCCUACAAUAUCCUGCAGCAGAUCUCCCCUCCCAGCCCCCUGAAGCCGGAAAAGGGAAGAGCGAAGGGGAGCGAGCGACCAAGAUGGACCGGACCCAGAAGGCAAUGCCGGAUAGCUCGUCCACUUCCCCAAGAGCCGAUAGCUUAGUUUGCGAUAGCGUGGCGUUGACCGAGACAAUCCGACGAUCGAAUCAAAUCGAGUCCCCUGACACUACCCGCCAUUACCAGCAGGAAUAUGAGUGA